AUGACUGCUGGUUCCUUGGUUGCACUUCGCAUGGUGGAAAAACUCUCUCCUAGAGUGAUUCGAAUAUUGGGUUGUAAUGCUAGACCGAUGACUUUGCAAGGAACAAAUUCUUAUCUUGUCGGAACUGGUAAAAGACGGUUGUUGAUCGAUACCUCGGAUCCUGAUGUUCCUGCUUAUAGGAAAUUACUCAAUGAUGUUUUAAUUGAGAACGGUAUUCACGUUCAAGAAAUUAUUGCUACUCAUCAUCACAUAGAUCACGUAGGAGCAAUUGGCGACGUUAUGGAUCAUGUAAUCGGAGAUAAUAGUAUUCGAAUAAGCAAAUUAGGAUGGUAUGAUCAUCGAAAUGAAGAAAUACCUGGUAGAAAAGAUCUAGAUUAUACAUAUUUUAAUGAAGGUGAUGAAAUUAAAACUGAGGGGGCAACACUGCAAGUAAUUCAUACGCCUGGUCAUUGCGAUGAUCAUGUAGCGUUCCUUCUAAAAGAAGAAGAUGCUAUAUUCAGUGGUGAUUGUAUUCUUGGUCAAGGAACUGGGCAAUUCGAUGAUUUAUAUAAACUCUUGAAAUCCUUAGAGAAGAUACGUUCCUUUCAAUCAAAAUUAAUAUAUCCUGGUCAUGGUCCAAUAAUAUUGGAUACUGGAGCCAAAAUAAAUGAAUACAUUGAACAUCGAAAAGAAAGAGAGAAACAGGUUUUAAACGUGAUGACUCUUGCUAAUAAAAAGCCGCUAUCUACUACUCAGUUAGCGAAGAUGGUCUACCAGGGAGUGCCUGAAAGUUUAAUGAAAGCCGCUGAAAGUAACCUUGUUUUGACUUUAAAUAAAAUGGUUAUUGAAAAAACAGUUGGUAGGUUUGAUGUGAAGUUUAAUGGUAUAAUAUAG